AUGAGUGCUGUGCUCCCGUUUCCAGACCUCAAUCUCAUGCCGGAUUCCCUAGCCUCCAUCUCCUCCUCCUCCGCCAUCGGAAUCACCGCCGGAGAGUUACCGGUUCCGAAGCUAACGGUUAAGGCGGAACCAAUUGAGGAAUGUCAAAUUCAAAACCCAAGCGAGAGCAUCUCUCUCCAUGGAGCUUUCUCUGACUCCAAUGUCACUCCUCCGCCGCCUUCAUCUUCCUCCGAUCAAUCCGCCAACUCCAAUCUCUACGCCGAGUACAAUCGCGUCUCUAACCUUUUCUAUUCGGCAUUCGGCAACCAGGGAUUCAACGAGUUCCUCCCAACUAAUUCGGUUUCCGGCGCGAUCACCGCCGUACCAGACAACCAAAACCACCUGCCAUUGGCGGUGCAUGCGCCACCGGAAUGUUGGGGUAACCGCGUUUCCACCAACGCCGUCUCGUCUCGUCCUACUCCGCAGAAACUCCGAAGACCGCAAGAGCUCGGGAGGAUUGUCAAUCUAGGGCACGAGCAGCAGAAACACCACCGAGAACUCGUGAAACGAACCCGGAUGACCUACGAGGCUCUCCGGAUUCACAUCAUCGCGGAGGAGAUGCGGCGCAGUCCCCGCCGCAAACCCAGAGCCGAUACCAAGGCCGCGACGCUGAUGAAACAGCGCCAAUUGUGGCUGAACCAAACGAGACACAUCGUGGGCUCAAUCCCCGGAAUCGAGAUCGGCGACAUCUUCUUCUACCGCGCGGAAAUGUGCGUGUUGGGGUUACACGGCCAGCCACAAGCCGGAAUCGACUUCUUAACCUCUCAGCGAAGCUCCAACGGCGAGCCUAUAGCCACAAGCGUUAUCGUCUCAGGCGGUUACGAGGAUGAUGAAGACACAGGAGAGGUUGUGGUGUACACAGGUCACGGAGGUCAAGAUAAGUUCCAUAGGCAGUGUCAAGACCAGAGGCUAGAAGGUGGGAAUCUAGCAAUGGAGAGAAGUAGGCACUAUGGUAUUGAGGUACGUGUGAUUAGAGGAUUGAAGUAUGAGAACAGUGUUAGCGCCAAGGUUUAUGUGUAUGAUGGUUUGUAUAAGAUUGUAGAGCAUUGGUUGGAUCCAGGGAAGUCUGGUUUCAGGGUUUUUAAGUUUAGGCUAGUGAGAAUUGAAGGGCAGCCAACGAUGGGUAGUGUGAUGAUGAAGUUAGCGGAAAGACUUAGGAAGACUCCGUUGGAGGUUAGGCCUAAUGGGUAUAUAAGGUGGGACAAAGCUUGCGAGAAGGAGAAUGUUGCUGUGUAUCUGUAUAAUGAUGUAGAUGGUGAUCAAGAACCGUUGUACUUUGACUACCUUGCGAGAUCUAUCAUCACUUCUGCUCAGGGAGUGAGUGGCUGCGAGUGUAAAGGCUCUUGCAGUAGUGAUGAUUGCUUUUGUGUGAGGAAGAAUGGUGGUGAAGUUGCUUAUGAUGAUAAUGGUGUGCUUUUGAGAGGAAGAUCUGUGGUUUUCGAAUGCGGGGGGUCGUGCAAGUGCGGUCCGAGCUGUAAGAACCGUGUGGCGCAGAAGGGGUUGAGGCAUAGACUUGAGGUGUUCAGGUCGAGGGAAGGAGGAGGUUGUUGGAGUGUGAGGACUCUCGAUGUGAUCCAAGCAGGUGCUUUCAUAUGCGAGUACGCAGGGAUUAUUCUCACGAGAGAGCAAGGCGCGAUGAUGUCGAUGAACGGGGAUGAUAUGAUUUAUCCGGGUGGGUUUAUAGCAAAGUGGAGGAGCUGGGGUGAUUUGUCUGAUGUAGGUGUUGUUAAGCCGGAGUAUCCGUCUCUGCCUCCGUUGGAUUUCGUGAUGGAUGUGUCGACGAUGAGGAAUGUAGCGUAUUACAUUCGUUAUAGUAGAGACCCGAAUGUGAUGGUGCAGUUUGUGUUGUAUGACCAUAAUGACUUGAGGUACCCUCGCGUCAUGCUUUUUGCGAUGGAGAAUAUUGCACCGUUGACUGAGCUUAGCUUGGACUAUGUGUUGGCCGAUGAACCGAAGGCGAAGGGGAAGCUGCUCGCAAUCUGUAACUGA